UCAAUGGAGGGAGCUUCCUCCGGGUCACCCCUCAGCUCGGCGCACCUCGGCGUGAAAUGAAUGGCCAUCUCCACCUCAUCCGCCUCCUCCCCUGCUGCCCCGCUCCACCCCACCUCCCCGUCCCCUACCUUCCUCUGCUUCCCGCCCGCGCCGUCCGCUCCUCCGCCUCCCCAUGGGGCCCCUCCCCGCCUGCCCCUCCGCGCGGUGGCCGCUGCCGCCGCCGACCCCCGCGCCGCGCACGCGGCGGCGGUUAAGUCCGGCGCCCUUGGCGCCUCCCCGGACGCCCGCGCCUCCAACGCCGUCAUGUGCGCGUACCUCCGCGCGGGCCGCCUUGCCGACGCGCGGGACGUGUUCGACCGGAUGCCCGCGCGCGACGCCGCCUCCUACAGCGCGCUCAUCUCGGGCCACGCGCGCCUCGGCGGCGGCGGAGCCGCCGCCGCCGCCGCGGAGCUGCUCGGACGCAUGCGCCUCGCGGACGGGCUGCUCCCCACCGAGUACACCUUCGUGGGCCUCCUCACCGCGUGCGCCCGCAGGGGCAACCCGCGGCUCGGGACGCAGGUGCACGCGCUCGUCGCCAAGUCCGGCCACGCCUCGUCGCUCCUCGUGGCCAACGCGCUCCUCGGCAUGUACGUCAAGUGCGGCCGCUUCGGGGACGCGCUGAGGGCGUUCGACGGCAUGGACCGCCGCGACGUCUCGUCGUGGAAUGCCGUCCUGGCUGGGCUCGUCGAGCUGGGGCGGCACGAGGAGGCGUUCGAGCUGUUCGGCGAGAUGCGAGCGAGCGGGAACGUCCGCGCCGACAGGUUCACUCUGUCCGCGCUCCUCGCCGCGGCCGGCGAGGGGUUUGGCCAGCCCCAGGGCGAGGCGGUGCAUGCUCUGUCGCUCAAGUCGGGGCUGGAGACGGACCUGAGCGUGGGCAAUGCGCUCAUUGGGUUCUAUGCAGAGCAUGGCGCCUCUGUUGAUGAUGUUGUGAGCGUGUUCCAGAGGAUGCCGGUGAAGGACGUGAUUUCGUGGACCGGUUUGCUGAAUGGGUACAUGGAGUUUGGUCUCGUGGACAUGGCACUGGAUGUGUUUGAACGGAUGCCGCAGAGGAACUUCGUUACAUACAAUGCGGUUCUCACUGGGUUUUGUCAGAACAAGGAAGGUGUGCGGGUCACGUUUGCCAAGAAGGCAGGCUUCCGAGGGCUUGGUUUGUUUAGGCAAAUGGUGGAGGCUGGUUUGGAGAUCUCAGAUGUCACGGUGACAGGCGUUCUGAAUGCUUGUGCUAUUGCUGCGGAUAGGAAGGCGAGCGAGCAGGUUCAUGCUUUUGUGAUCAAGUGUGGAUGCGUGUCUAGUCCGUGGAUUGAUGCUGCGUUGAUUGAUAUGUGCAUCAAAUGUGGCCGAUCUGGAGAUGCGCAUCUGUUAUUUGAGCAAUGGCAGCAUGACGAGAGCUUUCACAUUGCCUGGAAUUCUCUACUGCUGGCUAGUGUCAGAGAUGGUGAGUAUGAGAAAGCACUUUCGACCUUCCUUCAGAUGUUUAGAAGCAGUGGUGUAGAAUUCAUCGAUGAGUUCAUGUUGACUGCUGUCCUUGGAGUAUGUGGCAGUCUAGGUUUUGCUGAACUUGGAAAGCAAAUGCAUUCCUUUACUGCGAAAUCUGGGCUUCUGUGUGCUCGUGGAGUUGGUAACGCGAUUAUCAGUAUGUACGGCAAGUGCGGGGAGUUGAAAGAUGCCGGCAGUUUUUUUGAGGGGAUGACUUGUCGAGAUUUGGUGUCAUGGAAUGCAAUGAUCACUGCCCAUCUUCUUCAUCAUCAGGGGGAUGAGAUAUUGAAGAUAUGGUCUGAGAUGGAGAGAUUAAUGGUCAGGCCUGAUUCCAUUACGUUUCUUCUGGUCAUAUCUGCUUGCAGUCACACAAGCUCAGACUCCACACAGAAAUGCAGGGAUCUCUUUCUAACUAUGCCAAGCACAUAUGGCAUUGAACCAGCCAUGGAGCACUAUGCAGCCUUUGUUUAUGUCCUUGGCUGCUGGGGCCAUUUUGAUGACGCAGAGCAGCUUAUAGGUGGUAUGCCAUUAAAGCCUGGUGCAUUAGUUUGGCGGUCUUUGCUAGACAGCUGCAGCAAACACUCCAACAUGGCUGUGCGGAGACGAGCCAUGAAGCAUCUGCUGGCAUUGGAGCCACAAGACCCAUCCACGUACGUGCUGACUUCAAACCUGCUAUCCGAAUCAGCAAGGUGGCACUCCUCUGAGAACAGAAGGCUGGAGAUGCGUGAAAAGGGCAUGCGCAAGAUCCCUGCCAGGAGCUGGACGUUUCACGGCAACAUGGUCCACUCAUUUUUCGCACGGGAUAGAACACACCCACAGUCCAGGGACAUAUACGCCGGCCUGGAUGUGCUGAUCCUUGAGUGCAUAAAGGCUGGGUACGAACCGGACACCACCUUCGUCCUGCACGACGUCGAGGAGUACCAGAAGAGGCACUUUCUGAUGUACCACAGCGUGAAGUUAGCGUCAAUGUAUGGCCUUCUGAUGGCAGGCCCUGGACAGACCGUCCGCGUGGUCAAGAACAUCCGCAUGUGCGGGGAUUGCCACUCUUUCUUGGAGCAUGCCUCUGCUGCCACCGGUAAAGUUAUCUCAGUCAGGGACUCGUCUGGGUUCCACAUUUUCAGGGAAGGGAAAUGUUCCUGUAGACAGUAGAGACUGCCAGAAUGGUGCCAGUUUUGACAUGUUUGCAGUUUAGGAACUAUAUAGGAGUUACCCUUGUAUUUAGGUCUUGUACAUCACUAUGAUAUUCUUCAGGUGCCUAAUGCAUUCACGCGUAAAUAUUUCUCAGAGUACAAAGUUCAACACCCUGGUUGUUUUAAUUUCAGUUAUCUUACUUGUGCUGUUUUGCUUUUAUUACAUUAUCAAAUCGCUUUGCAAGGUUCCUGUUUGCACUUCCUCGGGGGCUUAUCUUACCAAGGCCAUGGGGAAGUGGCAAUGGGGCAGGCAUUUCCGAAGCCCUUCAGGUCCGCUGGUCCGGGCCGUUGGAUGAAGGGCAGCAGGCAGAGAGAUAACCAAAGUGAAGACAAUUCUGAGGCUAGUCAGAACUGUCAGGGAUUCUUAGCUCAGCAGGCAUCUGCUGCUGCAGUGGUCAUGGCUCAUGGGAGUUAGAGGUGGACUCAAUGAUCUGCUGUGUGGUUUGAACAAACCUUUGUCGCGGAUUGUGGGAGCUGGUACGUACGUUGGCAGCAGGUCUUAUGGCCACUUCUUGAGUCGUAUGUACAGGUUACACACGUACAUUGUUGUCCCGGAGCACCCAAUUUUUGUGUUGACUGUUGAUCGUUGUCUUUUCGUUUGUCAUGCGGAGUUAUGGACGAAUUGCUGGAAUGAUAUUUUUGUCUAGCAUUAUAGCUAGUGGCUGUCCUGUUCAUAGUGUCAGUUAUGGACACUCUAA